CAGUACACGCGACGCCAGAGCUCAGACAGACUGAGUUCAACCUGAGAGACGGAGGCACGGUUACACAGAGAUCGCAGAAAUAGCAAAAUAUCGCGUCAAUUCGUCCGUUCUUGGUGUUAUAUCAAGCGGACGGGUAUCCCAACGGAAUUUAAGCAAUUUGUGGAUUAUUUAUCUGCUGUUUGGAUCGGUAUUUUGGUGGGGGACACGACGCCGGAUCGGAUCUAACGUUAUAACGGAUCUAUCGUGAGCACACAUAGCUGCUCUCUAACGACGCUUUUUUUUAUCGGACUUUUCUUUUAUUACGUGAAAGAAAAAGAAAAAAUAAACACACAUUGUGGUUACAGCAAAGGAGAAGAUUUGUUUUUCAUCAAGCGCUGAAAAUAUGCUGCUGUCAAAGUUGGGCUCUUUUUCUCACAUCUGCAGCCCGAACAGCAUGGAUCACCUGCCUGUGAAAAUCCAGCUUCAGCCAGUAAAAAUGGAGCCGGAGCCCUUCGAAAAGGUCUAUCAGGUGGGCUCUGUCCUGGGCAGUGGUGGAUUUGGCACGGUCUACGCUGGCAGCCGGAUUUCUGAUGGUCUACCGGUUGCGGUCAAGCAUGUGGCAAAAGAACGAGUCACAGAAUGGGGAACUAUUAAUGGUGCGAUGGUGCCUCUUGAGAUCGUGCUGCUAAAAAAAGUGGGCUCUUCAUUCCGAGGCGUGAUCAAGCUGCUGGAUUGGUACGAAAGACCAGACGGCUGGCUAAUUGUCAUGGAGCGACCGGAGCUGGUCAAAGACCUUUUCGACUUCAUUACAGAGAAGGGUGCCCUGGACGAGACGACAGCAAGGGGGUUUUUCCGGCAGGUCCUAGAGGCAGUGCGUCACUGCUACGGCUGCGGGGUUGUGCACAGAGACAUCAAAGACGAGAACCUCCUGGUGGACCUGCGAACAGGAGAACUGAAGCUCAUCGAUUUCGGAUCGGGGGCCAUCCUCAAGGACACUGUAUACACCGACUUUGACGGUACGAGAGUGUACAGCCCACCAGAGUGGAUCCGUUUCCACAGAUACCACGGCCGCUCUGCCACAGUCUGGUCACUAGGUGUGCUGUUGUACGACAUGGUGUGUGGAGACAUUCCCUUUGAGCAGGAUGAGGAGAUCCUCAGAGGGCGUCUAUAUUUCAGGCGAAGAAUCUCAACAGAGUGCCAGCUGUUGAUCAAAUGGUGUUUGUCACUGAGGCCAUCAGACAGACCCACUUUGGAGCAGAUCUUCGAGCAUCCGUGGAUGCGGCACGCAGAGGCCUCCAAAUCCGAGGAGAGCGACAUCCGGCUGCGAAGCAUCAACACAGACAAUUCCAGCAUGAGCUCCAGCAAGGAGAGCCUUUGAAAGAAAUGCAAGCCGUGCUUUUAAAGACUCUGUGGACUGCUGAUCUGCUCUGGCAGAUUGAUCCUUUUAUAGGGAAUCAUAAUUUAUGACAGUUUGCUCUUCUUUUGUAUAUUAUUUGUUCUGUUUUUUUUUUUGUUUUUUUUACAAUUCAUAAAUUGUUUCCCAAUGGGGAACUUUGCUGUUUGGGUGGACUUACCAGCACUAUUUAUUAUUAUAAUUAUUAAUAUUAUUAUUAUUUAGUCGUUACAAGGCUGGUUUAUGCAUUUGGCAAGCCUCCUUCACAGAUGUGGCUGCUCUCAUAGAGCUAGGACAAUUUUUAUUUAAAUGUUUCAAUUUUUUAUUUGGAGUGCCUUUUUAAGAAAGCUGCUUUCCCGGGGCUUUCAGCAAUGCUUUUCUUUUCUCGUUUCGUUUUUUUCUUUCCGUCAGCUGGUUCGAAAAUGACGCGGCACCCGAAAACGCCUUUGGUCCACCGCCACACACAGACCACCAGUCAGCUGCUUCGUGGAACUUACAACUGGGAGGGCGUGACCAAUAGAAAUACUUGAAGCGCAAACACUCACUGCGUCUCCUUCUAACGCUGCUCAGUCACACUUUAGCCUAAAUUGUAUUUAUUUUCUCUUUCUGAAUGUGUAUAGAGAUUUAGUAUAACCGCCGUACCUUCUGAGGGCUCGGAAAGCGCUCCCUCCCCUCAGCCUCACUUUUCUGCUCCUCAUCCCACUGUUGAUGCUUUAUUCGUCUGGGUUUUCAGGGGCUUCGGGUUUGAAAAUGCACAAUCAAUGCAAUAUUCAUGAUUUUUAUUUCUUUUUUUUUUAAUAAUCUUGUACAGUGUGUGUGCUUGUUUUUGUACAGCUUUCUUCUCUUCUUUGCAUUUAAUUUAUUUGUAACGUAGACAUUCCACACUCUGUGGCUAUUUAUUUUUUAUUUAUUGUCCAUGCUUUAAAUACAAAAUUUGAAUAUCUUUAUACAGCCUUUUGUUUGCAUUCCUAUUGUCUUUUUUUACAUUUGGACAAGACAUGGUGGAUGCACUGAUGCUCUUGUCUAUGUAAAGAGGAAUAAAAACAAGGUUUACUUAAAUUUGAAGAGCGAUGAAUGUUUUAAUUUAACUUCUCGGUGGUCCUCGUUUCAAAUCAAUAUUGCAUCACUGUUGUUUUGGGUUUGUGUAACCUAGAUGAAAGUGUUGGAGAAAUGAGACGGGACGAGAAAUCCUUGUCACUGGCUCAUGGCCGUGUUAGAUGUGUUCUCUAUAGAUGUACGAAACCCAAUGGAAAUUAUUUUUGUACCAAAACAUUUCAAUUAAACCUUUAUUUGUACUGAA